CAAGAAAAUUCAACACGUUUUCUACAGCUAACACACCGUACACAAAUUACAUCAAUCAAGUCUUACACAAUUACAUCAUGUACUGAUCUCUUGGAGCCGCACGCAUGUCAAAUUGUAAGUGCCGCCAAUGCGAUGUACUCACCACGGGGGGAAGAUCCGGCUAUUAUUCAGAGUUCUGUAUAUCUAACUACUGUUUUGGAGUCUAUGCUGGUAGACAGAAAAAGAAUUCAUUUUGGAACUAUUUGCUGUGGGUUUUUAUAUUAAUCCUGCUGCUUAUAAUUGCUUAUGUGCUACUUGCGAGGUUCGCCCCAGAAGUAGCAGAAUCGAUACGGAAGAAGUUAAAAGAAAUAUGGCAAAAGCUAACAGGAGGAAGAUCCACCGGAAGUGAUAAAAACAGAGAUUCAAAGAGUGCCAAUCGUAGAGGUUCGAAGCAAAGUCGUAAAGAUAAAAGCCGUGAUCAGGAUUCUGAUGAUGAGGAGGGAAGCCAGAAGGCUAGUAAUACAGACGAAGAUGACCAAGGAAGUAAGAAGAAAGAUUCUAAAAAAAGAAAAGGAGAAACAUCCAAUAGGAAGGAUAACAAGAAAACUCAACAGUCAGAUGAAUCGAAAAGUAAAAAAGAAAGCAAUUCUACAGAUGAGGACAACGAAGACAGAAAAAAAGAAUCCCCCAAUAAAAGAAAAGAUAAAAAGCCCAAUACAAAAGAGAAAAAGAAAGCCCCAAAGUCUGAUGAGCGGUCUAAAGAUAACAUAUCUGUAGCUUCUCGCGCUUCCCUUGGUCGUCGUUCUUCGUCAAGGUCAUAUCGACAAACCAAUGUGGAACGGAGGCCAUCUACUACCAGCCAAAAAUCAAGAGAAAGGGCCAGAAAUUAUGGCUGAUAUUAUGAUAUAAAAUUUAAAAAUAAAGAUUAUUUUGAAUUAAUAUGAUUUACGAAUUUACCGAUA